CUCUUACUACGUACUGUUAUAAAUACCCUUUUUUGACUCUCAUAAACUCUUCACUUCGACUCUCGAGAUCAGCCCCUUCUACAUAUAAUUCAACUUCCUUUGGAAUUCCUUGUGCUCUCUUCCCAAUUAAUAUUAGCCCGGCUGAGUUUCAAAUUUGAUCAGAAACAUUAAGAUGAAGGUGGUUUUCGCUACUUUGCUACUCGUUUCCCUUCUUUUGAGCUCUUCCUUCCUUGAAAUCACCACGGCCUAUCCAGCUCCAGCUCCAGCUCCAAUUGAUUCGUUGGAAUUUGUGUGUGUAAUCAAGUGCAAUGAGAGGUGCUCAAAGGCAGGGGAGCACAAACGGUGCAUGGAAUAUUGCAAGAUUUGUUGUGAGGAUUGCAACGCGUGUGUUCCUUCUGGGACUUCCGGAAACAAGUUGGAAUGCCCUUGUUACGCAAAGAAACUCAACUCCAAGGGAGGCCCCAAAUGCCCUUGAACUCAUAUCUCUACUGCAUAUGCUCAAAUUCCCUGCCUUGGAAUUUAGUAUUUGAUUUACCAUCAUUCAUAUUUAUCUGUUCUAUGUCUCAUUCUUUGAUGUAUCUAUCUUAUAUGUACGUUCUAAUCAUGAUUCUUUAUGACCAGAUGUUCAAAUCAGCUACAUCUUAUUUAUGUUGUUGUGCACUAUAUUGUCCUUGUAUCUCAUGUGUACGUUUUACCAUAAUU